CAUCCAUUGACAAAUUAAUAAACAUGGAAAGGUGCAAUGGCAAUUUUUUAUAAAUCAAAAGGAAUAAGUUCACAAGAAAAAAAAGCAACUGUAGUUUCCGCUUCUUUGUCCGCUGUGGAUGUCCUCAGCGACACAAUGUCGUCGGACAGCGAAGAAAUGGACAUCCAACAAGAACUUCGCAACAUAGAAAGUGUUAUCAGUUUGACCAGAGCCAAUAUAGAUGCUCUAAAUGCGAAAUUCGCCGGUUUUCAACAUCCACCGACGAUGUAUAUCAAAGAAUACAAUGACUUAACGUCCAAACUUCAUGAACUUGAAGCCGAAGAAAUGAGACUGAAGGAAUUAAAGGAACAAAUGAACGGUAGAGAAAGUCCUGAGGAUUCCAGUUAUUAUGAGGCGAAGCCCCAAAAUGAUACUUUUAGGCCUAAAUUUCUCCGCGCGUACUUACCCAACCAGCAACGAACCAGUGUCCAAGUAAGGGACGGUCUUACCCUAAGGGAUGCUUUAGCGAAAGCUAUGAAACUACGAAAUUUAGUUUGUGAGACGUGUCGGGUGUAUCGGGGCAAGUACUCGGACGAGUCCAUAAAUUGGGACACAGACAUUAACACUUUGAACUGUAGUGAAAUUACUGUAAAAAUUUUAGAUAAAUUUCCUAUUCCUACUAGUAUUUCCCAUAAUUUUGUUAGAAAGACUUAUUUUUCGCUAGCUUUUUGUGAGUGUUGUCGUAGACUUUUGUUUCAAGGUUUUUAUUGUAGGACUUGUGGUUACAAAUUCCAUCAAAGAUGUGCUGCUGGAGUACCAUCUCUCUGUCACCAGGUCCGAAUGACUGAUGCAUACUACAGAGCUCUAUUAGCUCUUCCUCUGUCAGACUACUCAGAUUCAAGUGCUGGCAUUCUACAUGCCGGUCAAGCCGAAUUAGGACCCCCACCAAAACAAAGUCGCCAUUCUGGUACUUUGGGUCACCAUGAUAGAUCCAGCUCAGCCCCAAAUGUUUGCUUGAAUAACGUCAAGGCUUCUGGCGAUGAAUAUCCUAAGUCCCUAGCAUUGAGCAGUUUUCUGUAUUCCAGGGGACCUGAAGGAGAAUCGUCUCCUCAUUGCAGGAGUACUCAAGCAUCCCCUACGGGUUCUCUUCAGCCCAGAAGACCUAGAGCUCGUUCAGCAGACGAAAGCAAACCCCUACUUGCCCCAAGAGAAAGCAUCGAAGAUUGGGAAAUCCCAGCUGAUGAGAUUUUAGUUGGAGCUAGGGUUGGUUCGGGAUCAUUUGGAACUGUAUACAAGGCUCAUUGGCACGGUCCAGUUGCGGUAAAAACUCUCAAUGUCAAAAUUCCAACGAUGGCACAGUUGCAAGCUUUUAAAAAUGAAGUAGCUGUUCUUAGGAAAACUAGGCACGUUAAUAUUUUGUUAUUUAUGGGUUGUGUAAGUAAGCCCCAAUUAGCAAUUGUCACCCAGUGGUGUGAGUCGUCGAGUCUCUACAAACAUUUACAUGUUUUGGAGACAAAGUUUCAGCUUUUCACUUUAAUUGAAAUAGGCAGGCAAACUGCUCAGGGCAUGGACUAUCUGCAUGCCAAAAACAUCAUUCAUCGCGAUCUGAAAUCAAACAAUAUAUUCCUUCACGACGAUUUGACCGUAAAAAUAGGCGAUUUUGGUCUGGCUACUGCGAAAACUCGAUGGUCCGGGUCGCAUCAAUUCCGCCAACCUACUGGCUCCAUCUUGUGGAUGGCGCCCGAAGUGAUUCGGAUGCAGGAAGACAAUCCGUAUAGUUUCCAAUCUGACGUGUACGCCUUUGGAGUUGUUAUGUUUGAAAUGUUAGCUGGACAGUUGCCUUAUUCACACAUCAACAACAAGGACCAGAUACUCUUUAUGGUUGGAAGGGGAUAUUUAAAGGCAGAUCUCAGUAAAAUGAGGUCCGAUACUCCAAAAGCUCUAAGACGAUUAACAGAAGACUGCAUAAAAUACAACAGAGAUGAAAGACCUCUAUUUAGACAAAUACAUGCUUCAUUAGAGGGUCUAUUACGAAAUCAUCCCAAAAUUAGCAGAUCGACUUCCGAACCGAAUAUGAACAGGACACAUUUACAGUCCGACGAUUUUAUUUAUACUUGUUCCAGUCCCAAAACCCCAGUCCAUUUCGGACAAGGCCAUUUCCUUUUCUAUCCCACUGGAACCGGUAACAUUUGAUUAAAUUAGUGCUGGUAUCGGUAUUGUAAUUAUGUUCCCAGA